CCCCCCCCCCCCUGUAUUCCCCAGAACUUGACCCUAUUGACGAUUUCUGAGCAGUAGUUAAGAUUAAAGAUACAAGAAGUCAGCUUAUAAAUACAGAGGAUCUAAGGAGAAAAAUAAGCGAAGCUUAUACUAAACAUCUCCAGGGAUUUGUUAGACACUUAUCCGAUACGUUCGAAAGAUGUAUGAACGAGGAGCAUAUAUAAAAAAAAUACUUUAAUAACGUGAAUUGAAAAAAUAAAGACGCUAAUUGGGAUCUUACUUGGCCAAUGACAAAGCCGCAAAUUGGGAGUUUGUAGACCCGCAAAAAAAAAAUACAAAACCGCAAAUUGGUACCGUGAGCACUGUAUGUGAAUAUGUUUUCUUCUUUGAAACAAUAAGAAAUUCAAAAAAAAAAGAAAAAAAAAACCCGCCCCCUUCUUUUUUUUACGGUUUUUUUUUUAAAAAUUAUUUGCAGACAUGCGGCAUAGUGUCAACAUGGAAUCUCGAGUGCAUGGGAGUACUUUGGAUUAUGGACAUACGCUUUCAUUACUAGAAGAAGAUUGGAAUAAUCAAAGUCAAAUGGGCACACCUUCCUCCGUCUCUAGCAGUCUAUUUGAUACAUGUCGUUGUUGUGGUCGACAAGACUGUGAUAGUUUAGAAUAUUUUAAUAGAAACAUAAAGAAAUUAGAAUCUGACACUAGGUUAGCUGCAGAAAUUGGUCAGGGAUUGCUUCAUAAACACGAAACAUUUGUGGCGGAAUCCAAUGGACAAAAGAUACACUUGGAGAAGCAGCUGGAGGUGUGCCACGAAAGAAUCACCCGAUUAGAACAAUCAUUAGAUCACGUAGAGACACAAAAAGAUGAAAUCCUUAAAGAAAAGAACAAGUGGUUCUGGGAAUAUCAGAAGCGGCAAAAGAUGCUGGACGAAACAUUAUCGGAUUUACAAAUAGGGAACGAAAAGUACAAUCAAAUGUCUUCUGAUUUAGACGCUAAAUCUGCUGAACUGGAGAAACUUAGGAUAUUUAAAUUCAUGGUGCGUCAUGCCGAGACUAGAGAAGAGACACUCCUGUCCAAGCUGGAAGAUACAAACCAAGAGCUGGCCCUAUGUAGGCGGAAUGAAUUGGUACUAGAAUCCAAGAUGAAAAAGUUAAAAAUGAGAUAUGAAUCCUUGUACAAUACCCACGAACAACUAUCAAGAGAUGUUCAAGACAAUCAUAAAACGGAUACUGCAGUCAUACCCACUCUUCCCACUGUUGAUCCCAUCAAGCUUGUGUCAUCUACAAAUAAUAACAAUGAUCUCAUCCACUUGAUCAAGGAGCUUUCUUCCGCCAAUACAAAACUAAAAACCGACCUAAUGAACUGUCGAGAUUUACUAUCGGAUGCACGAGGCGAAGUCUCAUCUUUACUCCAAAAAAUCGACGAUUUCGAUAACACACCAAAGACAUUAAACGGUCCGAAUUUGCAGAGCGAAAUGAAAUCAAAACGCGCUGCUACCAUGAGCAGCGCGAUUACGGAAAAACGAUUAUUGGUCAAUCAACCAAAAACAGCUUCCGUAGCUGCUCUACCCAUCGCCAAGAGGAACAAAAAUGUUUUGCCUUUACCUACCGUUUCUUCUUCUAUGCCUACUGCUACCCUUUCGGGUUCACCUGCUACAGCCAUCGUGCAUCACCACUAUCAUUAUCAUGUGAAGAAGAAGAAUCAACAAGAAGAUGAAGAAGAUCGUGGAAGCAGUGAUGUGAAUAGUAAUGAAUUCAUGCUUGAUUGUUGUGAUGAGGAGAAGAACGAUUUGUAUACAGCGGCUGCCAUGGAUAUGGGGAUGCAACACAACGGCAGAGAACUUGUUUUAUCACCCUCCACCAGUUCUUCCAUCAUGACAACGAUCCAAAAGGAGCAUGGACCAUAUGUUUCCUUGCAUGAACAUGUAUUACACGUUCUAGAACGCUUACGUGGGUCGGAUAUUCUUGCAUUAAACCGAAGAUUAAAACGGGCAUUUGAUAUCAUCGAAUUAAGCAGCAUGAGUAACUCCGUCAUCGAAAAUAUCUUGAUGGAAAUUGAUACAUUGGAAACACGCUUUUUAUGGAUACGUAAAGAGGAUGUACAAUGGUUGGGCUUUUUCCCUUGGGUCGAUCUUGUCAAGGAUAUGUUGAAGGAGUUGGGUGUAUUACGAUCCACCAUGAAUGAACUACAGGUCGAAUAUGUAAAGAAAGUGCAGGAAAGUGAGGUGAGGGUUGAGCAAGAGAUUUUAACUAGACGACAUUAUCAGAACAAAAAAAAGGCGGAGGAAGAAUCAAAUAAGGGUUCUUGGAUCACAAAUUUUUUUACGGGUAGACAUAUGGUUAAGGCGGAAGAGGAUGAUUUAAGAGAGACAUUAACCAAUUCAUCUACCUUGAUACACGAUGAAGAAGAGGUCAGAAAAGAUAAAAGGCAUAAAAGAAGACCUUUACCACAUUAUACCUCUCCACCACCACCACCGUCAUCAAUACAACCACAACAAAUAACACCGCCACAAAUGACCACUUCCAUGAGCAAUGGUACCAGUCGAUCAUCACCUUCUAUACCUAUUCGAAAUAAGCGUAGCUUACAUCGCAUGCCCAUCGAUUAUGAGGGUAUCGGUCCUGCUUCCAUUCGUCCUGAUCCCGCUGUGAAUUUUUCUUCCAGUUGGCUAGGCGGAAAAUAAUCAAUGAAAUAAAAACUGUGUGUAUAAUAGU